AUAUAUAUAUAUAUAUAUAUUUUAUAUAUAUAUACAUAUAUACAUACACCAUCUUAAUUGUAUUUCAUUUGAUUAAGGAUGAAGGAGAUUUGGACAACCAUGGCGUCGAUGAUGGGUGUGUGGGCUUUCUGCCAGAGCCUGCUGCACACGGUGUUCCCGCCGGAGCUCCGUUUUGCUUUCUUGAAAUUCUUCCACCGCUUCUUCAGCUACUUCUCCACCUACUGCUACUACGACAUAACGGAGAUCGACGGCGUCAACACCAACGAGCUCUACAACGCCGUCCAGCUCUACCUGAGCUCCUCCGCCUCAAUCUCCGGCAGCCGCCUCAGCCUCACCCGGGGACUCAACUCCUCAUCCAUCACCUACGGCCUCUCCAACAACGACCGACUCAUCGACUCAUACCGCGGCGCCUCCGUCGAGUGGGAGCACAUCGUCACCCAGCGCCAGUCGCAGACUUUUUCGUGGCGGCCACUCCCGGAGGAGAAGCGUGGCUUCACUCUCCGGGUCAGGAAAAAGAACAAACAGUUGGUGCUCAGCUCUUACCUCGACUACGUAAUGGAGAAGGCCAACGAGCUCCGCCGCAAAAACCAGGAUCGGCUGCUCUACACCAACUCCAGAGGCGGAUCUCUCGACUCCAGAGGCCACCCAUGGGAAUCUGUGCCGUUCAAGCACCCCAGCACCUUCGACACAUUGGCCAUGGAUCCUUCCAAAAAAGCUGAAAUCAUGGCGGAUCUUCUCGAUUUCGCCAAUGGCGAAUCUUUUUAUCAGAAAACCGGCCGCGCGUGGAAGAGAGGAUACCUGCUGUACGGACCGCCGGGCACCGGCAAAUCCAGCAUGAUCGCCGCCAUGGCCAACUACCUCGGCUACGAUAUUUACGAUCUCGAGUUGACCGAAGUCAACACCAAUUCCGAGUUGCGCAAAUUGCUGAUGAAGACGAGUUCCAAAUCGAUUAUUGUUAUCGAGGAUAUUGAUUGCUCAAUUAAUUUAACCAAUAGGAACAAGAGCGGCGGAGGCGGCGGCGGCGCCGCCGCGAGGAAGAACAGCUACGAUAUCGGAUCGCCGCCUGGCGGCGGCGGCGCCGCCGGCGGCGGCGAGGAGGGGGGAAACACGAUAACGCUGUCCGGAUUGUUGAAUUUCACGGACGGAUUGUGGUCGUGCUGCGGUAGUGAGAGAAUAUUCGUGUUCACGACGAACCAUAUCGAGAAGCUGGAUCCGGCGCUGCUGAGGAGCGGGAGGAUGGACAUGCACAUAAACAUGAGCUACUGUUCGUUCCAAUCGCUGAAGAUUCUGCUGAAGAAUUACCUAGGGUUUGAGGAGAGCGGGUUGAGGGAGGGUGUGCUGGCGGAGCUGGAGGCGGUGGUGGCGGCGGCGGAGAUGACUCCGGCGGAUAUAAGUGAGGUACUGAUUAAGAACCGGCGGGAUAAGAACAAGGCGGUUGAGGAAUUGGUGGAGGCGCUGAAAAUUAGGGCUGAGAAGAAUCGAUUGAAGAAGACGAAUGUGGUGGUGGUGAUUGGAAACGACGUCGUUGUUGAAGAUGAAGAGCAGGAGAAGAGGGCUUUGGAAUAUCCCAAGGAAAAUGGGUCCCACCUAAAUUGCGGCAAAUGUGGGGUAAAGGAGGAGGAGAAUCAUAUUGAAGAAGGUGAAGAAGGGAAAAUGAAGGAGUAAUAAUUAAUUAAUUAAUUAUUAUUAUUAUUAUUAAUUUUUUUUUUUUUUUUUUUUUUUAACCAAAGGUCCUUAAAAUUAAUUAACCGAGUUGUAUGAAAUUUGGCAAUGAAAAAAGAAGAACAGAAGUACUAAUAUUUAAUGUAAGACAACUCGAUCCCAUUUUGUUUUUUGGUAUUCUUGAUAAUGAAAUUGUUAUGUUUUUAAGUACUA